ACAUAUUUUUAAAUACUAUUUUUAGUUUGCAACGAAGAUGGUCGUCGCGGAUGUAGACGAGGUCCUGGAUGAGAUUGCAUUUUCUCACAGGCUUCGGUUGGAUGCAAGCGCUGAUGGUAUUUACCUGCAGUCUGACUUGCGUAUUUCUUAAUGACGAGAUCAUGGGCGUGGGUCUGGUUGCCGUUGACAUAGCCUGUGAGUUUUCGCUGAGUAAUAAGCAGCUCUCGCUUCUGUCUAUUGCCGCAUUUGUGGGCCUCAUUCUGACAUCACACUAUUCGGGAUACUUGACGGAUAAGAUUGGACGGCGUAAAAUUAUGUUAUAUUCCAUGGUCUUGGCCAUGGUAUCAUCGAUCAUUUCAAUAUUAAUGCCAAGUUUCUACUAUUUUCUAUUUUGGAGAUUUAUGACGGGCCUAUUAAUCUCUGGUGUCAGCGUCAAUAAUAUUACAUAUAUAUCGGAAUUUACCAAAGUCAAAUUGCAGUCUGUUGUAGUCAACAUAAUGUGUUUCGCUUUUGCUUUCGGUGCCAUUUAUGUGCCAGUUGUGGCCCAUUUUCUCAGCCCGCUCAAUCGCAUACUUUUUAGCUGGGGUAACUUUCAUCUGCGCGCUUGGCGUCUUAAUAUGCUGCUUAAUUCAACUCCUGGAUUUUUAGCGAUUAUCCUCAUGUGGAUGCUACCCGAAACAGCGAAAUUUUUAAUAUCUGUAGGGAAAAUGGAUCGCGCCUACGAGACUCUCAAUCGGCUUUGUUUAAAGAAUCGAGGAAAGGACUUGGCGAGCCUGGGCAUAACCGGCGUGUUUCAAGCAGAUUUACCCGAAAGCACAGACAAACGAAAAUUCUGUGAAAGUUUAUGGUACGAUACGGUGCCAUUAUUAAAGCCACCAUAUUUGAAGAACUUUCUGAUCUGUACUGUCAUUCUGUCCGGCUAUUUUUUUGUGGGCAAUGGGAUCACGCUAUGGUUCAUGAAGCUACGUCAAAACAUGUCUGAUUCCAAUAUGAUCAUCUGCGACAUGAUAAAGUACACGAAAACCUCGCAUUCCACCUCGAUAUGCCCACACAAGACGUCCAAUUUUAUCGACGGCAUAGUCCUGGGUUGCGCCUUCCUCGGCUGUUGCAUUUUAAUUAGCCUUCUGCUCAUUUGCGUGCGCAACUCUUAUAUUCAGUUUUCGUAUACAAUAAUCGCAACAAUAUGCGGUUUUAGCCUAAAUUUCCUGAAGCUUCAGGUGCCCAUCCUUAUCGUGAUGGUGCUGUUCAGUUCGCUGUUAGCCAGCAGCAUUCCACUGAUAUCAUCUGUUUUAUGCGCUGUGGUGCCUACGCAUUUGAGGGGCAUGGCCAUCAAUAUGAGCUAUAUGUUCGCGCGCUUAUCGGUCGUUAUUGCCAGCGCUUUAAUUGGCAACUGGAUGGUCCCUUACUGCCUGGUAACCUUCAAUAUCUUUGUGGUAUUUGCAUUGGUGGUGACGUUUUUCACGUUCCUCCUGCCGAAGAUAUGAAAAUUGGUCAACGACAUGGUGACUGACAAAAACCUCGAUUCACUGAAACUCAGCUUGGUGCUUGUCUCUGUGCUGGUCAUUCUGAAGUGCUGCGUGCCAAAUUUAUUAAGGACGGCCCAUGAGUGGGUCACUGAAACGUAGCAAGGUGCUUGUCUCUGGUAGGUUGCAUUGAAAGGUAAUUGCUAUAGCACGAACAAGAAUCUAAGAAUAAAUUCAACGUAUUCUAGAUUGUUAGUUAGAUCUAGUUAGUACAGAUCCAGUAAAUGCUUUCCAAAUAGUCGAAUUAGCAAUAAUUCUGCAAGAUUGAACCAAUUACUAAUUUCUACGUUUAUAAUAAGAAC